AUGAAAUUAUCACCACUCAUCGUUGCUUUCUUAACCAUUGCAGCUUUCUCAGAUGCUGCCCCAUUAGAUAAAAGACGAUUCUUUCAAGAACAUACACCGGCAGCCGAAGCAACUUUCAGAGGAAUGAGAGCUCUCGCUGUUGGUACUCCAUUCGGUGAACGGCUUGGAGACUUAUCCGGUUUAGCUGUCGAUAAUUUAUUGGCCAAAGCCCCAGCUUGCGGACAACAAAUCGUUGCUGAUGAAGUCGUUGACAUUGCCAAAAAAAUCGGUGGAAAAAAGAAAGAUCAGCUUAUCAAAGUUGCUAUAGCUUAUCGUAAACUUGAACGUAAUACACCGCUAAAAGGUCAACCCUCAAACUUCUGUGACAAGAGACCAAGAAAUAAGGAACUUCUUGGAGUUGUCCAAGCCCAAGAUCCAACUAAAGUUCAGCCGAAACCACCAGCUUUCGUUUCCCCCGGUGAAAAGUUGAACAAAAAACCAACCUUUGGAAAUGUAACACCCAAGGUAGAAGAAAAAAAGAAAGUUGUCAAGAAGGGACCCGCUAAAUCCAAAAAACAAAAGAAGGCUGUUGCAAAAUGCGUAAGAAUGUUGAAAAUGAAGCACGUUUCACCAGGUCAAAAAAAAAAAUGUGAAAAACUCGCAAAAAAACUAAUGUGA